AUGGCGUCGGACGCCAGACCAGGAGAAUUUCCGACCGACUCUGAUAAGUCAACUCAACUGGAAGACAUAUCAUAUCCACUGGACGACGUGGAGUUUGACUCGGUCACUGACGAGCAACUUGGUCGUCUUUUCCAAACGGCACCCAUCUUAUACCAAGCUGGCAGUAACAAGAUUGUGCGAAUCUCUCAGAGUCUCGUUUUGAAAGGCGAUGGCACAGUCUCCAAAGUCGAGGGUGAAACUCAGCGCUUCGCUGCAGUCCAUGGAUUCCCAGUUCCCAAGGUCCAUCGGAUCUUCUCCUUGUUCGGGCUUUACCCCGACUGGCCAGAGGAACAAAGCUGGUUCUUAGUCAUGGAUUUUGUGCCGGGAGUUUCUCUUGAGAAGGCAUGGCCAGACCUCGACACCGACACUCGCAACACCGUGGCAGUCAAGGUCGCCGAGAUUAUCGAUCGGAUGCAGUCUCUCAAAAUGAGCGACAUGCCCCCUGGCCCUGUUGACUACGAAGGCGAUGAGCCCUGGCGAGGUCCCUAUUUCACCGCAUAUGGUAUCGGGCCUUUUCCGACCCUUCAAGAUAUGGAAGACUGGUACAACCAUAAACUGGACGUUUGCAUACGACUCAAGAGGACAAGCAAUGAGACCAAAAGAUUCUCCUUCACGGAUGUUGUCCUGACUCAUCAAUACAUUGCACCUCGAAAUCUUAUCCUACAAGAAGGGAAUCAGAACCUAUGCCUCGUCGACUUUGGAUUCGGAGGCAUAUAUCCGACAGGGUUCGAACAAGCAGCUUUGGCGAGGCAGGCAGUUGGGCAAUGGGAUGUGGAAUUCGGGGAAAUGGUCUUGGAGAGGCUAUCAAAUCGAGGAGAAAAGGAACUGAAACAGCUGAGGGCUAUUAUGUACGGACUGACGACGGGUGUAUUGUUGUAG